GGGCUGAGCCUGGUCUCCUUCCCUCCUUUGCUGCCUGCCUCCCUCCCUCCCGGGAAGCCUUGGCCUGGAACUGGAAGAGAGCAGGGGAGCAGCGAGGGAGGGCUCCUCUUCCUUAGCCCCUGCAGCAUGGCCGUCACCCGGCAGGUCGGGGGCUCCAGCAGCGGCUGUCCUGCGGGGGACCCAAAGGGAGAGCCUCCCCAGGAGCUCCGGGAGGCCUCCCUGCGCCUGGUGCUGGACGCAGCCGGGAGGAAGCAGCCCUUGGGGAGCCUCUUCGCCGCCCAGAAGGCGGUGCUGGUCUUCGUCAGGCACUUUUUGUGUUACACUUGUAAGGAAUAUGUGGAAGACCUGGGCAAAAUUCCCAAGAAAUUUUUAGAGGAUGCAAAUGUCAGACUUAUAGUUAUUGGACAAUCAUCAUAUGACCAUAUUAAACCAUUUUGCAACUUGACUGGUUAUUCUCAUGAAAUAUACGUGGAUCCUGAAAGGGAAAUUUAUAAAAUACUUGGCAUGAAAAGAGGGGAGGCAUCUGCUGCUUCAGUGAAAAGCCCCCAUGUUAAAUCCAACUUUCUGUCAGGAAGCAUUAAGAGCAUGUGGCGAGCGAUGGUUAGCCCUGCAUUUGAUUUUCAAGGUGAUCCUGCACAGCAGGGAGGUACUUUGAUUUUGGGUCCAGGUAAUGAAAUCCACUUUGUGCAUUUGGACAAGAACAGGUUGGAUCAUGUCCCAAUUAACACUCUUUUGCAGAUUGCUGGAGUUCAAACGGUAGACUUCACCCAAAGAUCUCAGAUUAUUGACAUAUGAUUUUUCAGAACUAGAAAAAACGCAUCAAAAAGUCAAACGGUGCACAUCAAAAGUCUAUUACAUACAACCACACAGGAUGAAGUUACUGUAACUUUGUUAAAUGGAAGGUCCUUGGCUGUUCAGUUAGACUGGUGAACCGCGUAUGAGAAAAUAACUUCAUGCUUAACAUGAUAUGCAAGGAAACAGUGAUUAAGGCUGCAAUCUUAUACCUACUCAUCUAGGAUAAAGUCCCACUGGACUCAUUCUUUCUUCUGAGUAGACAUAUAGGAUCAUGCUGUAAAUAUUGCUUCUCAUAAACAGAGUAGAAGAUACAAUUUGUUGACAGCAUUUUGAUUGUAAUAUAGCCUUUUUUAAUUAUUGAGAAAUAUUUGAGAAAGUUAUUCUUCAUGGCUUGAUAAAAUAAUUAUCUACAGAUGUAAAUAAAAAUCUAAAGUUUCACUGUGUGUAAUGCAAGUCACAAUCAGAUGGUUAUAGCAGUGAUGCAGUAAUGGGGGAGGACUCGCAGGGUCAUGGCCUGCAUAUGUCUAGGAGAAGGUAAAAAUGGUCCCCAAAUGACAAAAGUUGCCCACCUCUGAUUGAGAACAUGAACUUGUAGGCUGUCGUUGUGUAUGAGAGGCUACAAUUGUAUCAGCAACAUAUGCUAAAAAGUAAUCUAUAUGAUAAUAGGCAGUGGAUCUCAUGUCAGUGGAAUGGGUGGUGAAUCUACUCUGCAUUUUAGCCCAAAGUUACAGAGGGCAGAUCAGGUUCAGCACUUUGGAAAGCUCCUUUAAGAUUUAGUCCAAAGUAGAUUCUUUGCCCUAUUGAAAUGGGACCUGCCAGCAGGUAAACAACAGAUGUCAUUUGAGCAUCAUGCAAAAGGGUUGGAUCAGCCAACACCUGAAACUGAGAAUUUAAUAACUUAACAUGCAUCUUCAUACAGAACUGACUGACGUUCACCUCUCUGAUUAGCUGAAUUACUUCCCUAUGUUGCCUCCUUCUUGCCUGUACUGAAUUUCCAUUUAUUAGUUCUCAUUCAGUGCAUGAUCAGCUUCAGGUACCUUUGCAAAUUUGGUAGAAAAGAGAAAUAGAUGCUUGAAUCUCUAUGUUAUUUGACUCAGCAGAAAGCAUAGAGAUCCCUGAAGAAUUUCACAGCACAAAUACCAUGGCAUAGAACAGUGCUUGCCUCAGGCCUGGAGCAAAUGUAAUAGGAACUGAUUCAUUGGAACAUUAUGCCUGAGAGAACUGAUCCAGAAAAAUACCAUGCAGGGCCAGCAUUGUCAUAAACCAGUAUGAAGCAGCUGCCUCAGGUAGCAGCUUUGAACAUCAUGAAGCAGAAUAGCAAAUGGUUGUUCACGGGAUAAAAAAGGGAAGUAAUUUGCAAAGGAAAAAGCAACUGUGAGAUUUUCCAUCAUGUGUGACAAAAUGAUGUGGCCCUAUUUAUGUACUAAAUGAGCCUUCUGUGACUUGGAUGGGUGGGUGCUAUUUAUUUCUAUGAGUCAGAAAGUGUGGUUUUUGUUGCCAUGAUCAGUGGUAUCAAAACCCACUGAUAGCUCCAGGCCCAUUUGCAUUUGUCACACUGCCUCCAGACUUUCUGAUGUAAGUUAUCCACCAGAGUAACCAGGGCCCAUUGUCUCCUGCUACAAAGUUUGCAUAGGCAUGUAACCCACAUCCAGAACUAUAAAUAAGAGAAUGUAGAAUGGGGCCAUGGUUCUGCAGUAUCUCUGUAUAAACUGAAAUAUAUACCUAGUUAGCAUAUUGCAGAGGUCAUCACAUAUGUGUAUGUUGUGUGGCACUCAUGAUCAGUGACCAUUCAUAGCAACAGUGAUAGGUGAUCAUCUUCUCUCUCCCCCCAAGCUGUGUCCAGGUAUCCCAUUUAUUCAUUCAGUAAUAUGAUGUACUAUGUCACAAUAUUGUAUAUAUUAAUUUUCAAGAUGUCACUAGAUACCUUUUGGGUUUUUCUGUAAGACUUUAGCACAACUGUGCUUGUCAGAUUUGCUGUAAAACACUGAUGUCUACAUAGAAAAUGAAAUGACAGUAUUUGAAUAUCCAGCAGAUGGCAAACUUAUGCCAGAAGGAAGGAAAGAGAAUAAGCAAUAAGGGUUUGUGUGCUCAGGGAGGGAGGGAAAAGAGGAGUCCACAAGAAGGAGGUUGCUAACAUGUCAGACUUAUGCCUUUUGUAUAGAACUUGGAAAAAAUAAUUUUUUUAAAAAAUGUAUUAAAAUAAACAUCAAUAUGCUUAUCUGGUUCCCAGAUUUUCACUGAACAGCUGAACACAUAAAAAUAAAUGAACAUUGGCAAUCAAAA